UGUUUUGGUUUUUAGGUUAGGUUAACCGAUAAGUUACAACCUAUGUAAAAAACGUACCUGCCCUAGUGAUUUGAUAACCUAUAUUCUAUUUGACCUAUGUUUAUGAAAAAUAUAUAUUCAUCCAUAUUCCAUGAUUAUAAUAUUAACUAUAGAGUUCCUAAUAAUUACCUAGUAUAAGAGUACACUUUUAGUCAUGGUCCGUUUCAAAAACAGAUACGUGACAGUUGAAAUCUUGUCGCCCAUGGUUCCUGAAAAUAAACCAUUGUCAUUGAAGUCAAGAAUAUUUCAUGAUACACUAGUAGAAAAAAUACAAUUACUACAUGGUGAUUUUGGUAUUGCAGCUGUUAAAACAGGACUUUUAACGAAAUAUUGCAAUGAAAAUACAAGAAUAGCCAUUAUCAGAUCAAGACAUGGACCGCAUAGAUUUGUGACAAGUAGUUUACCUUUUAUCACCAAAAUUGGUAAACUUGAUGUCAGUUUACGAACGCUUCAUACAGGUGCUACAUUAAAACAUAGUUUUAAGUUCAUACAGAAACACCAAAGAUCAUAUUUGGACUCAAUGUGGUCGAAACUGAAAAAUGAGGAUGAACGAAAAGCCUUGGAAGCAGCUGUAAUGGACUUUACAAAAACAGACAUUAAAAUAAAUAUUGAAACUAUUGGAUAAAUAAAUUUAUUACAAAAUAACUAUAGA